AUGUUCGGGAGAUUUUCACGUAAAGCUGUGGUGGCGAAACCCUCCAUUGACACUGACGAGAGCUGGGAUGCAGAUGACGAGGACUCUGGUUCAGACCCCGCUCCCAAUACCUUUAACCUUAUGCCGAUGUCGAAAGUACUGGGACUCAAACCAUCGAAAGAUGUCACUCCCCCCUUGUUUCGUUUCAGGGUCCGCCGUGAAGAAGAUAAGUUCCUAGGCGCGUCAAGUAGUUGUGAUGGCUGGAUUAACAUCUCUCAUUUCCUCUGGACUAUGUGCGCUACACUUGCAGAUACAGGUACCGAUCGGGAAUGGACAGCUGCAUUCGAAAAAUGGCGACCCCAGUGGAAGAAAGUCCGGGCCCAGGUGAAGACAUACGGAUUUACUCAAUUUUCCUCUGAGAUCGCUCUUGCGCCGGUUGAUCUUGUGUUGGUCCAGUUCUUUGGAUCGCAACUUGACGGAGGGGUCAGGGGAUUUGAGAUUGAACAAGAAGAUCCCAAUACGCCCUCUGAUACGCAGGAUGUCUGGGCCCUCUGGCGAUACAUUAUCGAGACCCCUGCUGGUCAGAUCAAGGAGUUUAACGUUACCCUUAGAGAUACGGCAAGACUUAUGCGCUCUUAG